AUGGAAUCUUCUAGACUUCUAAGCCUGCUUGUGCUGUUCAGCUUCUUUGUGAAUUUCCAAGGACCUGUUGUGAGUUACUGGGGCUUUUCCAAUAAAUGCCCCAAAGUCAAAGAGAAAUGUGAGUACAAAGAAAGGGACCGAUGUACGGAGGACAGCGACUGCAUGCACAACAAGAAGUGCUGUGUCUUCAGCUGUGGAAAAAAAUGUUUUGACAUCCAACAAGAUGUAUGCACUAUGCCAAAAGAACCUGGCCCCUGCAUGGCUUUUUUUGAACGUUGGUGGUAUAAUAAGAAAAAUAAUACCUGCUCCAUCUUCAUCUACGGUGGCUGCCUGGGAAACAAUAACAACUUCCAAAGCAUAGACCUGUGCCUGAACAUGUGCCGUAAAAAACAGAUAUGCCCCAAAAUCCGAGUAAAAUGUGAAUUUGAAGAAGUGAACCAGUGUACCAAGAACAGACAUUGCCCGGAAAACUUGAAGUGCUGCUGGUUGGGCUGUGGAAAGAAAUGUGUAGAUCUCAGAAAAGGUAACUCAGAGACUGCAAUCUUCUGA